AACACACUCAUUUACAGAGCAAAAAGGAUCUAAAUCCAACUCACUUCCCUCCUCACUACCACUCCAAUGGCGGCACUCAAAACCCCGCCCCUCUUCUUCACCCUCUCUCUCCUCUGCCUUCUCUCUCUAACCUUCUUCUACCUCCACCCCUCCACCACCACGACCACCGCCAUUUCUCCCUCAAAUCCCCAAACUGCCCUCGACACUUCCGGUAAUUCCAUCAAAGUCCACAUCUCGCCCUUGCCCAGAUCCCUCAAUUACGGCCUCCUCGAAAAAUACUGGGCCCUCACCUCCGACAACAGGAUCGGCAGCGAGGUGGACAACGAGAUCAGAAAGACCCUUUUGCCCCAAACCUCCGGCGAAUCCCUUCCGUACCCGGAAAACCCCAUAAUCAAACAGUACAGCGCUGAGUACUGGAUCUUGGGGGACCUGUUGGCUCCACAAGAAACGAAAAGGGAUUCUUUUGCGAAGAGGGUUUCUGAUCCAGAGGAGGCCGACGUGGUAUUCGUGCCGUUUUUCGCGACGUUGAGUGCUGAGCUGCAGCUGGUGAUCAAUAAGAGCGUGUUUAGGAAAAAGGUUGAGGAGAAUGAGGAUUACGUUAGGCAGAGAAUGGUGGUCGAUCUUGUCAAGAAGACGGAGGCUUGGAAGAGGUCCGGUGGCAGAGAUCAUGUCUUUGUUCUCACAGACCCUGUUGCGAUGUGGCACGUAAAGGACGAGAUUGCCCCUGCGAUUCUUCUAGUGGUAGAUUUUGGCGGCUGGUACAGACUCGACUCGAAAGCAUCCAACGACAGCUCAUCGAACUCGAUGAUACAUCAUACUCAAGUUUCGUUGUUGAAAGAUGUCAUAGUGCCAUACACUCAUUUACUCCCUAGGAUGGAUAUCUCGAAAAACAGAAAACGCGACACCCUUCUUUAUUUCAAAGGAGCCAAGCACAGACAUCGGGGUGGAUUAGUUCGAGAAAAAUUGUGGGAUUUACUAAUAAACGAGCCCGGAGUCAUUAUAGAAGAAGGCUUCCCAAAUGCCACCGGAAAAGAGCAGUCGAUAAAGGGAAUGAGAACAUCCGAGUUUUGUUUACAUCCAGCUGGCGAUACACCUACCUCAUGUAGACUUUUCGAUGCCAUCCAAAGCCUUUGCAUACCAGUCAUUGUUAGUGAUAACAUAGAGCUUCCCUUUGAAGGGAUGUUGGAUUAUUCGGAAUUUUCCGUUUUUGUGGCGGUUAGCGAUGCUUUAAGGCCCAAUUGGCUAGUGGGCCAUCUCAAGAGCUAUUCUGAUGAACAGAAGGAUAGAUUUCGUGAGAAUAUGGCUAGGGUUCAGCCGGUUUUCCAGUAUGAUAACGGUUACACAGGUGGGGUGGGGCCCACGAGUCCUGAUGGGGUAGUGAAUCAUAUAUGGAAAAAAGUUCAUCAAAAGUUGCCGGUGAUUGAGGAAGCUAUCACGCGAGAAAGAAGAAAACCAAUGGGAGUUUCUGUUCCAGCUCGCUGCUAUUGUAUUUGAUUUUGCAGAAUGUUUUACUUAAGUAUGGUUUGUGUUACUUUUAAUCAAUAUGAGUUGGUUCAUUUUUUUAUUUUUUUUUUGCAUAGAAAUAUCCAGGCUAACAUUGUUUUACACUGUUUAACGGAUGUUGCUGUAUUGGUGCAUGAUUAUGUAGAUCAAAUGUCCAGACAUAAAUGCAUAUGUUCCUUUUUCCAAGUUUUUUAACACGACAUAAUUUGCA